GGCCCACAGCAUGUCAGAGAGAAUGGAUACUAUCGGCAAUAGUUUCUGGCCGAUGCAUAAGGGGAGGGACUUUGAGUCCACCAGCGAUUCGGAACUUGCUGUAGACUCUAUACAAGUCGACUUAGACAUUUCUGCGGCAUAUAAAGAUAACACUUGCGAAAAUAGAGCAGCUAAAAGGCAGAUACCCAUAAAACCUGGAAAAGUGAAGAAGCCUGGAGUAGACGGAUCACUAGAGAACCGCUUAGGAAGACAAAGACAGAAACCUGAAAAUUCCCUGUCGCGAUAUUUCACCAAGCCCAGAUCAGAGGACUUUGACACUGCCGAUGCAUCAGAAGGACUCGUCCUCGAUAAAGCGACAAAAAGACGGCUGGACUGGACCCCUACCAAAGACUCGUCAAAUCGAAACAAUUAUGCCAUUAAAGAUGACUUGCACGAGAAAGAGACCAUCUCAAACGAGACUUCAGUAAAGAAGCUCGGUGACAUGCUUGGUGCUGCUUACCUGCUAGAUGAUUCCAAGGAGAUUGUCGCGCCCACAAAGCUCAUCGAAACUGGCAGUGCAACGUCCAUCAAGGCCAAUACUGAACGAUCUCAUAGAGCACCGAGGAAGUCGAAAAAGGAAGCAGUGACAAAGCCUCGGCCCCUUUCGCCUGAGGAAGCUCUGAGGAAAUUGGAAGAUCAAGAUAUCUUAUUUGGCACCUCAAGUCAACUGGCGCGUGAGGAUUCUCCGAGUUUAAUACGGGAUCUUCAACGAGCGAUUAACCAAUCUGAAAUUGACUUUUCACAAAAUUCGGUCCACACUAAUGCCUCUACGCUUUCAAGCAGUGGAUCUCGUUCCGCGUGCUCUUCUUUGUCAACACCUAUUGUCGGUUACAAGGAUCUUUGGUCGGCUGCUGCCAGAGAUGAGAAUGGGCUACUAAGCGGCUUAGAGGUAGUGGAUCUGACUGGCUCGUCACCAUAUGGGAAACGGUCAUGCAAACAACAGUUGCUCAAAAUCCCGGAAAGGGAAUCGGAUCUUGAUCGAAAGAUUACCUUCGACUUGGACGGCGGUUUUGUUCGUGAUUCCCCAUCACCUCCACGGUAUGUGGACGAAGUCUUCUCUGAAGUACCUAGCAGUCAGCUUGCUUGUCACGAAAAGGUCCUGAGUAGGGUGGCCCUGGAUGGCGCAAGAUCCCUUCGACGGAGAGAAGUAGAGACGAGCUACGCCAGCAACGGCGGUGAAGAUGGAUUUUGCGAGCGUAUGGCACAGGUCAACAGGCCGAUGGCACAGGUCAACAGGCCGAAUUUGUCAAACGAAGCCUCAUUACACCCCGAGAAACCGAAUUUUACCGAAUUCUCAACCCCACAGCUCUCUGAAGAGCUGUCAUUAUAUGGCUUCAAGCCGAUGAAGAAUCGGCAGCAAAUGAUCUGUUUGCUUGAAAGAUGCUGGCAGGGAAAAAAUCGGAACGCCUGGCAGAACCCUCCUCAAAGUGUCGGUAUGGAAGGGUCACGUAUCGCCCCGAAAACUAGCCUUCAGAAAGGAAGUGCUUCCAACGCUACUCGAGAGGUAACUGGCUUUGCAAAUGACGCGUCAGUGGCAAUUAGAAAUGAUACACAGUCAGAGAGUCUAUCUCGAACAAAGGAACGUCAAGAUCGAGGGAAGGAAGCCCCUCGCCAGAUCUCGAGCACCGAACAGACUUAUUUGCUCCAAUCUGCGGGAAAGGCACCCUCCUUUACCGCCAGAACAAGAUCUAUACCAGGAAUUUCCGGCGGACCAGACGAACAAGCAAGUUUGAAGUUGAAAGCUUCCCCGGUCAAGAGUCGAUCAUCAUUAUCAACAGGACUGGGAUCCUUCGUGCCGUUAGCUUCCUCAGCAAAGAGCGCUACUGCAGGAGAUGGCAUGGCUGAGGAUGGCCAUGGCUCGGGCUCUGAUGCUCGUAUGCUCAAGCAAAUCACCCUGGCCAUUCGAGCUCAAUCGCGCUCUGAUAACGUGAACAAUCCGACUUGGCACGAGAAAAUCCUGAUGUACGAUCCAAUCGUGCUUGAAGACCUUGCCGUCUGGCUAAACACUGAAGGUCUAGCUAUGGUUGGUGAGGAUGAAGAAGUGGGACCAGCAAUGGUGAGACUGUGGUGCGAGCGCCACGCGGUAUGCUGUUUGUGGAAGACGAGCAUCACCAGCCAGUCUCGGGCGCGAUGGUGAUUCGGAGCCAAUAAUAAUAAUUACCAGAGAUCGAUGAUUUCUUCAA